GUGCUCCAUGUAUGUCUGUGGGAGAGUUCGCGGUGCUUCCUCCCUGCUUAUGACUGCGAACCUCUAGGGUGCAGGCCGCCAGUCCCCCGCCCCAAGGCUAGACUGGCCCCAAGAGUCGCCUCUGCCCAGACCGUCUGCUGCCAGAGUAGGAUGAGGGGAGGGUGGAGAGCUGGGGCCCCAGGUGUGGCCUGCAGAUAAUGAGCGCCUGGAGACGUGGCGCGGCGGGGACGCACCUGCUCUGCUCGGCGCCCCCAGCCCCACUGCGCGCGCCUAGAGGGCUUCCUGGGAGACCCCCCACCCCCCGACUCCUGCCAGCGUUGUGAGGGUGGGACAGCCCUGAGGGCUAGAGCAGGGUGCGGGCGGGCGGGCGACAAGGGAUCGUGACCGCAGCUGCCGCGUGCGUCCGCGUCCGGACGCCUCUGUGCGGGGUCCGGGUGCGCCGUGCGGGCGACACGCGCGUCUCUUCGGGGCUGCGCGGGGUCCGCGGAGCGGCUGGGGGCGCGCGGCGCGGGCGCGGCGCUGGGCGCGGGGGGCGCUCCCGGCCGGGAUGAGCUCACCGCAGUCGCGCCGGGGCUGAGCGCCGAGCCGGGCGGCGGCGGGGCGGGCGGCGGCUCCGCGGCGGGCCGGGCCGCGCGCCACCAUGCUGGGCCUGGACGCGUGCGAGCUGGGGGCGCAGCUGCUGGAGCUGCUCCGGCUGGCGCUGUGCGCCCGAGUACUUCUGACCGACAAGGAGGGUGGACAGCCACAACCAGACGAAGUGCUAGAUGAGGCUGUGCCCCAGUACCAGGCGCCAGGCAGGAAGAGCGUCAUAGAGAUCCAGCAGUUGGACCCUGAGGACGAGAGCCUGGCCAAGUACAAGCGGGUGCUGCUGGGGCCUCUGCCACCUGCCGUGGACCCCAGCCUGCCCAACGUACAGGUGAUGAGGCUAACGCUGAUGUCUGAGCAGGCUCCAGGGCCCAUCACCAUGGACCUCACAGGGGACCUGGCUGCACUAAAAAACCAGGUGUUUGUCCUGAAGGAGGGUGUUGAUUACAAAGUGAAGAUCACCUUCAAGGUCAACAGGGAGAUCGUCAGUGGCCUCAAAUGUCUGCAUCACACCUACCGUCGGGGACUGCAAGUGGACAAGGCUGUCUACAUGGUGGGCAGUUACGGCCCAAGUGCCGAGGAGUACGAGUUUGUGACUCCGGUGGAGGAGGUGCCGAGGGGUGUGCUGGUGCGGGGCCCAUACGUCGUCACAUCCCUCUUCACUGAUGACGACAGGAUGGACCACCUCUCCUGGGAGUGGGGCCUCCACAUCUGCCAGGACUGGAAGGACUAAAUUCCCCCAUGUGGGGUCCUUGUUUCUUCUGCCUCCCCUCCCCCUGUUGCUACACAGGGACCCCCAAGCAUUCCCCAGCUCCCUCAGUGAGUGAACAGACCCCUCCCCCAACUUCUGCUCCUGGGAACCCCCACCCUUGGGCCUGGUGGGCCUCUCUGAACAGUCCCAUUAAACAUGGCCCUGUCUUGGU